AUGUUUGCCUUUCGCGACCGUCCAGAGUCACCAAUCUUCACGAAAAAGCAAACUAAAAAAAAGGUGGAAUUCGAAAUGUUACCGAAUGGAGAUAGAGGGAAUGGUGUUUAUAAGAUCCACCGUAUCAUGCCAACUCGCACUAUGACAUGUUUCGUAUCUCAUGUGACAUCUCCCAGCUGUUUAUGGUUGAAGCCUUUCAAUCACAUAACUGACCAGCUCAAAGUCACCGAUUUGAGCAGUCUGGAAAGGUCUCCUUUGUUUACUUUACACCGCUAUGUCUUAGCUCCUAUUUCUGAGGGGGUUUAUGCUAGAGCUCGGAUUGUAGCGAAGAAGGAAUUUACCGAACCGGGGAACGAGCGACCAACAUCUUUUUCACGCGUCUUAUUUAUUGAUGAGGGUUAUUGCCGGUGGCUGGGUGAUUCUUGUCUUGCGAAGAUGGAUGAAGCUUUUUCUUUUUAUCCUUAUCAAGCUGUGGCAACUGCUCUGUUUAGGAUUUCACCUAAGAGUGGAAAGUGGGCUUCAGAGGAUACCAGUCGUUUGCGGUCUAUUCUCAAAGAAUAUGAAAUGUUUGAGGCUAAAGUUGUAAUAAGAAAAGAUCCAAUUGAAGAUUAUCGGGAUCUUUUAAGAGUAGAGCUUUUCGGCAAAACAGACAAUGAAAAAUGCAAUCGUAUAUGUGUUGUCUCUGACUUUUUUCGCCAGGGAAUGCCUUAUUACGAUUACGAUCGCAAUAUUUAUGAUGCGCGGCAACAGAAACUCUAUGAAUCAUAUGAUUUUAUUUACAGCAACAUGAGUAUUUGGGAAAAAAACUUUCCUGUAAUGAAUGACAUCGAAGAUGAUUUGGAGGACGGAGAGGUAGAAGAUGGCUGGUCUAGAGGUGCAAUAGGAAAUGAGAUUUCGGUCGCCACUAAGGAAUAUUUGCGUAACGAGGGUUAUAUGAAUGGUGGCAAAUUAUACGUAAAUGUCGAGGGCGCUCACACACAAUCUCCAUAUGAAUUUUAUGCCCGGUUCUUAAGACAAAAGCCGCUCAAAGCAGGAAAAAAAGGAUCAGAAGGUGUAUCUGGAGUGGGUGCUGCUGGUAGGAAGAGCUCCAUCGUUUUUACAGAAGAGUAUGUUGUAAAAAACGGAAUGAUUGAAGCAGAUAGUCUACUGAGGAAACUUGCGGAGAAAUUGAAUAAUUUUUAUGGACUGAGUAGUAAUCGCAGACUGAUCAGCUUUGAGAAAGUGAAAGAAGCUCUAUGUGCCAAUCGGUCUGUUUACGGUGUUGUGGAAGUUUUUAGUGAUCUUGCUCGUUUCACCGGUUUUUGGCAAAGAGUCGAAGAAGAUAACCACGGUCAUUACGCUAGAGUGCGUUACGUUGAUGCUGGUGGUACUGCAAUUGUUCUACUUUCUAGCGUUCUAGAACUACAUCGGAAGUUCUUUGAUCCACCUCCUUUAUGUUUUCAAAUGUGCAUUAACGAUAUUAUACCUCGGGACGAUGACGAGUGGAGCGCACGUGCUAAGAAGGUGUUCAAGUAUUAUCUGCGCGACGAUGUUCCAAUAGCAUUGAAUGUAUUAGAUUUCGGUCGCGGCUCAUCCGUAAAAAGACGUAUCUCCAGUUCUCCAGUUUCGUCUGGCUAUGACUGUAAACCGCACUUACGACCAGGCAUUGUUCUGGUCAAUGAACUGAAGGUUAUGGAUGGAGUUUCAAACUUUGUAGUUGAAGAAUACAUGGUUCAGGAUUCUUUGGCUAUUUGGGGUAAUGUCUUUCAAUAA